GGGGAGUGGCGGGGAAACCUCUGAUCCAGGAUGGAGGAGGUGCUCGUGGGGAAGACACUCCCCCCCGAGCCGCGCCUGGGCCAGGACUCAGGAUGGAGCCCUUCCGGAGAAGGCCUUGCUCAGGGCCUCAAAGACUUCCCGCCUGGUACGAGCCCUGCCAUCCUUGCUUUAAGGAGCCUCCCCCAGGGCUUGGCCGUGGGACCCUCGAGCGCCAGGAAACAGCACUUGGGGGUCUGGUGUGUCGGAGCGCCCCUGCAGCCCGGACUGCAUUGGGGACCUCUGGAAGAAGACUCUAUCUUGGAGAAGGGCGAGGGAUUGAAGCCACGGCUGGAGGAGGACUUGUCACUAGGCCCAUGGGGAGCCGUAUGCACCUGGAAACACAGUUCAGCUUGGGUCAGUUUGGCGCAGCCAGGCACGCUGCAGAGCGAUGGGAAUGUGUCCUUGGUUCGGAUCAGUGGGAAGCUUCACCUGCAGGUGUGCCAGCUCGUGUUGCCCGGCUUCGAGCUGCUGCUGUGCCCACAGUCUCUCUCCAAGGGCCUAAGCGUCAAGUGCCCCAGGCUAGAAGCAGCAGCAGCUGUCAUGGUGGUGGCAGAAGAGGACCCCGCUAUACAGGAAGAAGUGGCCUCCCCCGGAGAGCAUGCGGUAGAGUCUCGCACAGAUCCUGGUCGCAAGUCGCCCCAUACCAUCCAAGGAGACAGUAUGCAAGGCUCUGAACCUGUGGCCCAAACCCAGGAUCAGCCUUUCGAGGAUAGCCAGCCGCCGGGCCUGCUGCACCAAGAUGGCAGCAUAGGUAAGGAGGCCCUGCCACAGUCACCAACUGAACCUCAGAGCAACUCGGCUGCCCGGAAGAGCCCAAAGAGCAAUGCAGCCAGUUUGUCACCUCCCGGGGACACCCAGGUGCAAACCUGCCCAGCCAAGAAGUCAGAUGGCCCCAGCAGUCAACGACUGCCUACAGCAAAGGUCUCAGAGCCCGGAACCCAGCUCCCUGACCUCCCUGUGGUGCUCUGCAGCCCUCCUCACCCAGUAGGAAGCUCCUCAAAGCAGGGCCGGCGCUACCAGUGUGGGGAGUGUGGCAAGGCAUUCCUGCAACGAUGUCACCUCAAGAAGCAUGCUUUCGUACACACAGAUCACAAGCCCUUCCUGUGCACCGAGUGUGGCAAAAGCUACAGCUCCGAGGAAAGCUUCAAAGCCCACAUGCUGGGCCAUCGCGGGGUGCGGCCCUUCCCCUGUUCACAGUGUGACAAGGCUUAUGGUACCCGUAGAGACCUCAGGGAGCAUCAGGUGGUCCAUUCAGGCGCCCGGCCCUUCGUGUGUGAGCAGUGUGGCAAAGCCUUUGCCCGCCGACCUUCCCUGCGGCUACACCGAAAGACCCACCAGAUGCCAGGUGCCCCUUCAGCAUGCCCGUGCCCAGUGUGCGGGCAGUGCCUGGCCACCCAGGGCUCCCUGCGGAACCACAUGAGGCUCCACACCGGGGAAAAACCCUACCUCUGCCCCCACUGUGGCCGAGCAUUCCGCCAGCGGGGCAACCUCCGAGGACACUUGCGACUGCACACCGGGGAGCGCCCCUACCAGUGCCCACACUGCGCCAAUACUUUCCCCCAGCUGCCCGAGCUGCGGCGCCACCUCAUCUCCCACACCGGCGAAGCCUACCUGUGCCCCAUGUGUGGGAAGGCCCUCCGAGACCCGCAUACACUCCGUGCUCAUGAGCGCCUACACUCCGGGGAGAGGCCCUUUCGCUGCACCCAGUGUGGCCGAGCUUACACGCUGGCCACCAAGUUGCGCCGCCACCUCAAGUCCCACAUGACGGACAAGCCCUACCGAUGCCCCCUCUGUGGCAUGGGCUACGCACUCCCUCAGAGCCUCAAGCGACACCAGCUCAGUCACCAGGGUGGGCUCUCCUCCAGCUCUUCUCUGCCUCCUGCUGCCCCUGAGCCCACUUUGGUACUCCUACGGAGUGAGCCAGAGCUGCUGGACACUUGCAGCCAACAGGAAGCGGCCCCGGGUGGGGGUAUUGUAGAGGUCACCGUCUCUGAGAGCCAAGAAGAAUGUUUUGUGGUACCGGAGGAGCCACCCCCAAGCCCCAGCCUGGUGCUGAUCCAUAAGGAGGUGGGCUUUAGUGGCUGGGCUGAGGUGGUAGAGGUAGAGACAGGCACCUGACGCCCUAAUCAUGUCCACCCACCUUUCCCCUAUAAGAGCUCCUCCUGAAGACUGUUCUAGCAGAGUCUGUGUGUCUGCCGUUUUCUUCAAGUCUUGUGAUAGCUGCAGGAAUCAGGCUGACAGGCGUUUUAGGGUUGGAAAGGCCUGGCUGUCAAUCCACACAUAGCAUGUCGUCUGUGGGUCAGGUUUUAGUUCAUUUUGGUUGCUUUUCACAUCUGAAGGCUGUGAAGACUAAAGGACAACAAGAUGGGGAGGGUGGGGCUUGUGAACUUGCAUGACUUGCCCCUGCUGUAAGCCUAGACAAUUCGGGGUGCUGGGAUGAGCCAGAUAGGUAGCUGACCAUGGUGAUAAACCUGUAGUCCUAGCCCUCAAGCAGAGGCAGAAGCAUUGAGUCUGAGGCCAGCAUGGACUGCAUAAGGGGACCUGUCUCGGAGAUGGGGAGGAAGGAAUGGCCUUUACAAAGCUGGUGACGCACUGAGCUGUGGGUGUGGGUCAAAUUACUGAGUAGGCUGGAUAUGGUAGCUCAUACCUGAAAUUCAUGUCCUUGCAAGCAAAAGUUUGAGGCCUGCCUGGCUGUAACUUAGAAGGAAAAUCAUUGGAUACCAGUUCAGAGGGGGCAUGUUAAUUGUUAGUGUGAUUGUGUAAUGUGGUCUGGGGGCCACCCAGGGUCUCACCAGGGAUGACAGGAGCAUACCUUGAUGGUGGGCCAGGCUUCGUGUGAACUUACCCUGUGAGACCGUGAGACCAUUCUGACUCCAUGACCAGCCUCAGUUCACAGUCAAAAGGAGCAGUCCUACAUUUCCAUUUCCCCAAUAAAAACCCUCCUCCCCCCUGAACUCAGGGCUCUACACUGGGUCAGUGACAGUGUGAGCCUGAGCUUGAGCUUGUAAUAAAGACCCUACUGCUUUUGCAUCAGAA